CUUUUUGGUAAUUGAUAUUUAUAAAGGCAUUUCAGAGUUUUGUAGAGGAAGUGAUGCUUUACUUGUUCCUUUCAGGUAUAUCCUGGUGAGAUCUAUACUAUAGGGAGCUAGCAGUGUUGAAAGUAGUGUCUUUGUGGGCAAAAGUUGACACGUGGACUGAGUUCCACACGGAAAACGAGAAACUGGUCCCUACGGCGGUGCAUAAAAGUUUGUUACAUCUUUCUUUUCCGAGUCACCAAACACAGCUCUUUUUCUGUGUCGUUGAAACCCCGGGAAAGCGAAAGAAAAUAAAAAUAAAAAUGGAAGCUCAUACCCAGAGCCCGCAGCAGCAAUACAAAGCAACCAUGAAGAAGUCGUCUUCUAGGAACUCCGAUUCGUCUUCGAGGAACAUGGAGUCGCCCCACUCGCCACUCCGCUUCCACUCACCGCAACUAUCCGAGCUCGGUGACCUGCCGGAGACCCCGCCCUACGUGUCACCGGAGAACUUCCCGGAUAAACCGACGGAAAAAUCCAAGGCGAUGGUUUCCUUUGACAGGUUCACGCAGUACUCGCCGCUACCGUCACCCUUGGGCGGCCAGAAACAGCAACAGCCGGAGAACGAGGGAAAGAACAGAAGUGCGCAGGCGGCGGAUUCUCCGUCUCCAGUGAUGGUGUUCAACCGAGCGAUGAGGGAGGAGCCACCGCCGUCGGUUUCGAAGGUGGGACCGGGCAGUGGUAGGAGAUCGGGGACGGUAGCGUCGAUACCGCGGACGUCGAAGAGGGAGGAGAUAGAGGAGAGGGCUGCGCUAGUAUUUCGGGUGAGCGAGAUUGUGCUCUGCUUGAUUUCCUUUUCGGUUAUGGCCGCCGAUAAAACUCAGGGUUGGAGCGGCGACUCCUUUGACCGCUACAAGGAAUACAGGUAUUGUUUAUCUGUGAAUGUCAUUGCAUUUGUAUAUUCCGGGUUUCAAGCAUCUGAUUUAACCUACCAUAUGUUCACUGGGAAACAUGCGAUCCGCCACCACUUACGCCGCCACUUUGAUUUCUUCAUGGAUCAGAUACUGGCAUAUCUUCUUAUAUCAUCAUCCUCGUCGGCAGCCACCCGGGUUGAUGAUUGGCAAUCAAACUGGGGUAAAGAUGAAUUCACAGAGAUGGCUAGCGCGUCUGUCGGGAUGGCCUUCCUGGCUUUUGCUGCCUUCGCCUUUAGUUCCCUCAUAUCUGGUUACAGCCUUUGCACCCGUCAAUUUACAUGAUCUUGGGAACCAUUCUCAUGUUUCUUAAUUUCAUCUCUAUGUUGUGGAUGAUUGAAGAGUAUAUUUUCAUGUUGUACAGAGAGAUAAUAGAUUCAAUAAAAAUAAAUAAACAAAUA